AUGCGAUCCUAUGCAUGGAAAGUGAGUACCGAUUCACCUACACGACGUAGAGAUUCGCUCUACAUUCUCUAUCGUACGUCAUUUGGAUGGAGGCUGCAGAUCGUCGUCGUUCGUUCAGGGAUCUAUUGGCAGGCGACUCUAUCCUCGCAGCUGCCCCACGUCGGUGGGCCCCUCAUGGGUGAUCCUCUUCCGCCUUUGGAAGCAUUACCAUUGUCCGUGCGUCGGGUAUCCCGGGCACGUAAAUCUGAACUGUGGAGCCAUCUCGUCGGCGCAGAGCCUGUGCCCAUGGAGAAGCAAUCAUGUGGAGGAGUGUGGAGGACUUUCAGGGGAUCCAUCAUCGCUCUACUCCCAUCCACAAAGAACCCAAUGUGCUAUUUCUAUUUCAAGCUUGGGCGGCCUGCUAUAAAUACGCCGUUCCUUUCGUUAUGCACUCAGACCUCGUCUUCGGGGCUCAAGACACGGCACUUCAACAACAUCAUUUCCGAGCUGACGUCCUCGCUGCGCAUUCACACCGAGUGCGGUUCGCGCCUCGGCGGUGUCAGCCUCGAGUUUACGGGAGAACUCAACGACGAAGGCUUCAGCGUUACAGAAUGUCUCGGCGGUAGUAUGGAGCUUACCGAGGAGGAGCUAGGACUGCGAUACCAGUCAUUCUGUGAUCCAAGAUUGAACUUUGAACAGAGUCUUGGCGGUGUGACGGAUUUGAAGUAUCCCAAGGAGAUCCAUGGGAUCUAUUUUACGUUUCUUGCCAUUUAG